GCGGAUGUCACUGUAGGGAUUUAGCUCACCAUAGGCCAUGCAGAACGGCUUUAACGGGUCGCGUUCGCCGCCUAGACAUGCCGUCACGUCUACGCUGGCCAGCGGUGCCGAAACGAGCGAUGGUGGUGGAGUGGUCGCUGCGGUGGCGGGGACAUUCAAACGCGCUCGGGCGUCGCGUCCAGUGUCCCUGGUUACGGGUGCGGUGGGCACUGCUGCCGGCUGGGUGGGGGGCGCGCUGCCCGCACUGGUGGGGCUGGUGCGGCCGGGCGGGGGAGGCGGAGGCAGGCGGCAGCAGGAGCAGCAGCCCCCCAGUCCGUACGGUCUGGGCGGCGGCAGCCGCAGCGGCUUCCUGACGCCGCGUCCGGGCAGCAGUGGAGGUGGAGGCGUGCUGGGGCCGGGGGGCGCCGGCAGCCCGCACAGUCCCAUGGGUCGGCCGCGAGCUGUGCCGGUGAUGGUGCAGGACGGGGUGCGCUGGGUGAACCUGGUUCGUUGGCUCAGCCUGGCUCGCCUCUUCACGCCCUGCUUCCGGCCGCGGGGGGGCAGCAGGCGGAGGGUGCGGUUCGGCGGGGCGGCGGGCAGCGGGCGGGGGCUGCUGCUGGGACCGAACGGAGAGGGAGGGGGCAAGGCUGCAGCUGAGCUGGCCGGCUCCACCGCUGCUCCCGCCCCCACCACUGCUGCGGGUGCCGCCGCUGCUGCUGCCCCCGGCGGGUCGACCAGCCGACCCGUGUACAUCCAGGUCCGCCAGGCCCGGCAGCUGGUGUGGCCCUCCCUGGCGGGUGUUCCGGCUGAGGGCCCCUCCUGCUACUGCCUGCUGCUGGCGGGGGACACCCCGGUGGGCAGCACGCAGGCGCGGCAGGUGGCGGGGGGAGGGGGAGCAGGAGGGGUGGCAGGAGGAGGAGGAGGUGGGAGCAGUACGGUGGUGUGGAAUGAGGUGUUCAGCUUCCCCAGGAGCCUGCUGGAGGCUCCCGGCGGCAUCAGCCUCCCCGGCGCCCCCCCUCGCCUGCUGCUGCAGGUGUGGGUGUGCGAGGGCGGCGGGGUGGGUGCGCUGGGGGCCUCCGAGGAGGUGCUGGUGGGUCAGGCGGAGCUGGGCGGGCGGCUGGGGGGGCUGCUGGCGGCGGAGCGGCCGCACCCGCUGAGCGCGGUGCUGGAGCUGCAGGCCCUGGACGAGGACACGGGUCAGGUGGAGCCGGGCAGCUGCGGGGAGCUGCUGGUGGCGGCGUGGGUGGAGCCGGGGGCGGGGGACGCGGCCCCCCGCACCUCCCCCUGCCUGCUGCCCGGCGCCCCCUCCGCCGCGGAGGCCGGUGUCCUCUACUCCAACCUCUCCGCCCCCUGCGGAUCCAAAUCCAUGCCGGCUGUCGUACACUCCCCCCUCGGCACCCUGUACGAGGAGCCGGCGGUGGCGGCGCUGCAGGUGGUGGUUUCGGGGCUGGCGGGCCUGCGGUGGGAG